AUGGUGCAAUUUAAGAACGACGAUGAUGUCCAGAAAGUUUUGUCUAGGAUCCACACUUUUGAAGGAAGGCCAAUCAUCUUGAAAAAGUGGUGCAAGAAUGUCAAUUUCCAUAAGGAAGUCCUUGAAACUGUAUCGGUGUGGCUACCUGUUUACAAUCUACCUGUUCACUAUCGUAAUGAGAUUUCUGUGUCUAAAGUAUGUUCAUCCUUUGCAAGGCCUAUCUAUACGGAUGAUCCCGACACUACAAGAGACAAAGGGCUUUUUGUCAGAGUUAUGGUAGAAGUUGAAGUUAAGGAAUCGUUACCAGAAGCAAUGGUGGUAGACAUAUAUAGCACUGAUUGUGAUUUAUCUUUUAAAUAUGAAUGGAAACCAGUGGUUUGCAAACUCUGUAGUAAAGUGGAUCACACAGAAGACAAAUGUCCAAAGAAAGUGUUACAGUCCAAACCUAGAAAAACUUUGGAUAGGUGGGUGGUUAAACAAAAGAGAAAGUUGGUCGAAGGUGAGAUUGUGGACAAGAUUACUGAUAAUAUACCUAUGAGAGAUCUGCAAACAAAUAAUACUAUUGUUACGAAGAAAUCUUUUGCCUUGUUAGAAGAUAAUGAAGUUAUGGCCCAGGAGUUGGAAAAUGUUGUUAGUCCUGUUGUGGAGAAGGUUAAUGUUGUCCAGCAACAACAACAUGUUGAAUCUAAAGUUGAUUCUCCAAGUAUCUUAAGUCUCCAGAAGGAAAUUGAAAAUAUACCUGAGGUUGUCCUUCAGCAGUAG